CGACUACGGCGUAUGGCUGUGGCCAAUGAGAACGGUAAGCGGGGACCACGUGGGGCCGAUGUUCGAUAGGAGGACAAUAUUCCCCAUUGUUAUGGGUGGUCUUCGUGUGUGUACGGAGUUUGGCAAGUUUCGUUUGUUUCUGUUUACUUCCUUGCGAUAAACUCAUCUAAUGGAAUUAGACAAAAGAUAAAAAGAUGUCACUGACUGACAGAGUUCACGCUGGAAAUUAAGAAGGUGAGAGGAGUUUAUACGUAUUCGGCGCCGGAGUUUGUAGCUGGUUGCAGUCGAUCGCCGGCGUGUUGUGAGAGUGGAGAGGCGGAGAGUAAGGGCUUAGGGACGGUGGGUUGUGAAGAUAGCGGCGCUGACCGUUUGGAUGUGGACACUGACCACACACUGCCAUGGCCUCGACCCAGUCGGAAGAUGAAGCAGAAUGGAUCCCAAGGUUCAGGAUCGACGAAGAGUUAGACUUUUUCACAGAUCUUGCGCUUCAAGAAACUGAAAGGUGGCUGAAGGCAGUGACGAAAAAGAAAUUAUCGCACCCUGAUGACUUAAGAAGGUCAUUACAGAAUGGGGUAUUGCUCUGCGAACUAGUGAACGGACUUAAGCCUGGCUCUAUAACACGCAUCAACAAGCUGUCCACACCAAUAGCUGGACUUGAUAACCUGACUGUGUUUCUGAGAGCUUGCCAAGAACACUUCGGACUACGUCAGCCUCAGCUGUUUGACCCGUUGGAUUUAGAGGACCUCUCACAACGCGCUGCCUUUGCUGAUGAUGACCCUUGCUAUCUCAAACAGGAGACUGAUCGGCGUUUGAGGAAUGUAGCGCUUACAGUGUACUGGCUUGGACAAGCUGCCAGGAACGUGUAUAUUGGACCUCAGUUAGAUCAGAGCGCAUUCUCUGGACUCGUUGCUCAGAAUCCCGGGGUUCUCUCCCCUGACCAGUCCCCACAGCGCAGCUGGAACAGUUACAAUGGGGGGUCGCCGUGCCGCGUGACCAGCUUUCACAGUGACAACAGUGACCAUUACCCCCACUCUGUGAGUCUACCAGACGAGCAUGCUCCCUCAGAGGAGUCCUAUGGUUCCGAGGGGGGAUCUUCUUUAGAGAACGAGCUCAGAGCAGACAUGUAUCGUCACAACAGUUCUUCGAACCUCAACCGCUGGGGGAAUUCCGGUGGUUCGAGAGGUUCAUUCGAGUCUUCCUCUGUGUAUUCUAACCAUGACUCAGCCAUGUACCGGAGCAGCCCGAAUCUGUCGCAGGGUUCGCACUCCCACACACGCUCCUCCUCCACGGACAGCUUAGAUGGAGGUCACGGCUUCCACUCCCGCCACUCGUCUGGCAGUGGGGAAAGUUAUGCAACACGCCGUGUUAGCGGGUCGGGCAGACCCAGCGUCUCCGCUAACCCACUUCAGUUCGUCAAGACGCCGGGUGCCAGUCACCUGGCUCAGGCCGCUCAAGAACAGAUCAAAAUUGCUGAGGAGAGUAAGAAGAUUAAGUGGGACACGCUGCAAGAGACCAUAGAAGACAACGAUUGGCAAUCGAAACUGGGCAGCUGGAAAUCAAAACGACGCUCGCAGUCCGCAGCAUCUUAUGAGCGCAAAGAAGAGGCAGAGGCCCAGGGAAAGGAACAGGAGGAAAAAGCACUACGUGCUACAAAGACGUUCAGUGAGAUUGUCAAGGAACGAGAGAAACGGAAGAGUAUGAACAGUUAUCCAAUAGAAGAGGACAAUGAAGAUUACGGCACCACCAACAACAACCAAUCAAAUGACAUCAAUCAUAAUCAGACAGAAAGAAGGAGGGCAAGGGAAAUAACAGGCUCAUUUGAUGACUCAGCUGUAUUUGAACCUGCUCCUUGGGCAGCAAGCUCUGACGAUGAUACUGAUAAAAACUCUUCCCAGAUGGACACGAGAUUAGGAAAUGGCGUGCCAUCAGAAUCCGACACAGAGUCCAACAAGGAGAACUGGACAGAAAACAGCGACUCACACAACAACAACAACAACAUAGAGGAAGUUUCCAACAAGUACAAUGGUACAUCAACAAACUCUAAUAAAACCGCCCCCACUACACAGAGGUCUGUGGGAAGCAAACUGAGCAGUAUUCGGAAAGCGUUUGAGGAGCAGGUUGAAAGUGAUAAUGAAUACAAGCCGCUCUCUCGUCGUCCCGCCAGAAAUUACAGUGUGCAGAACAACCAAUCAAAUGUCCAGGCCGAAGAGCCAAAAGUGUCUCCAAGGUCGCCACGAUCAGACAGGGAUUUUGUGGAGAAGACCAUUACCAUCAGUCAGAAGCCAAACAGUGAAAAGGGAUUUGGGUUCAACUUUUCUGGUGGCAGGGACAAGGGCCAGCCAAUCGUUGUAGAGAGAGUUUCAUUAGGUGGCGCUGCAGAUGUCUGUGAAGUGCGAGUGAAAGACGAAAUUACUGAAAUCAAUCGGCGGAAAGUCUCAACAUAUUCUCAUACACAAGUACAAGACUUGAUCAAGCGAGCUGUUCGAACUGGCAAACUAGAACUUAAAGUGAAACGAUAUAUACGCAAAGGAGCCCAUCAUUCCGAUGAGUUCAGUGAAGAGGACAGUUUUGAUCGUUUCGAAGAAAAGUUGGAAAGAGAAGAAGAAAACUUAAGGAACAAAUCUUCAACAUUUACACCAAUGAUAGAUUCUUUGCUGAGGGAAAACCCAGAGGUGAACUCUGACAGGAGAGCAUCAUGGGAAGAGGAAGAGGUGGAGCAUAAUGACACUGAGAUGGAUCAAGUGGAGACAAGUAACAGUCAAAAGCCAGAGCAAGAAGAUGAACAAAUCAGGCCCUCAGACAACUAUGAGAUACAGAGUUCGAGAUACAAUGAACCCGAGGAUACGAGACAAGAUUCUGCUGAGGAGGCUGAAGAAUCAGAGAGUCACGCAACUCCGGCAGAGUCUCGAUACAGGGAGUCCCAUCUUGAGGAGACUGUCCCAGCCCAGCAGGUAGAAGAAGAAGUGGAGGAGCCAGUCCUGCGUCGACAGCUACGGCCUCAGCGCGACACCAGUAAACCUCUGUACCCCACUCCCUACAGAUCAGACACCCUAGAAUUCACCCCUGCUAGUGUAAUUCAAGCAGAACCAGGCAAACCAAUCAGCUUUGACAUCAGUGUACCGGCCAGCAGUGAUGCCUCCCCUUCAGAUGGCAGUGGGAUUGGCCCACCCAAGGCUUUACUGCGUUGGCAGAGGAGGCCACAAUCACAGUAUGGGAAGGAGACAGAGGAGACAAAAGAGCAGCCAAAACCAGAAAUCAUGGCUCAGUUCAGCAGACCUGCACAGGGAGAGGUCACACGCCAGUCGCUCUCUCAAGAGAAAAUCGAACAGGAAAUUCGCCCUACUGUCACACCUCGAACUCGAUUAGAUCUUAGCCGAGAAAUAAAGAAGAUGGAGGAGUGGGACAGACAGCAGGAGGAGCAACGACAGCAAAAGCAAACAUCAUCACCUGAGAUGUCAGUGACCAAUGGGGAGAAACAGUUUGAACAGAAUGUCAAAGCGAUAAACUCUCGCUGGGAAACUGACAAGCAACAGGCUGAACGGAGAAGACAGGAAAAGUACAACGAUGAGCAAGUGCUACUGGAGCAGGAGAGGAAAAGGGUUGAUGCCAUGGAGGAGAGACGCUCUGAGCGGCGCGCACAGCGACAGGCGCAGAUGGCGCAGCAAGUGCAGCAGAUUAAUCAGACACCGCAGAACACAGAGAUGGUGAUACAGCUGCCCAGUAAUAGUGGCUUCCAAAUCGACCCUAUGAACAAACCAGAUCUCACGCUCGACACAAAUGAUGGUUUCCAGGAAGUGAACUUCCGUGUGAAUAUGAACCAGCAGUCUUCAGCACCUGCCUUUCCAUCCUCAUCCUCGGCCUCAAUUGAAAGGAAAAGACAGGCAGACUUGGAGGAGGAGAGACUGCGGAUACUGCAGGAGGAGCAGGAGAUGAGGAGGCGAUUGGAGGAGCAGAAAGAAGCAGAGGAUAGGCGAUUGAGGGAACGGGAGGAGCAGUUGAGGAGGCAAGAGGAGCGUUUGCGACAAGAAGAAGAACGGCUGCGACAGGAACAGGAGCGGUUGCAGAAGGAGCGGCAGCAGCAUUUGCAGGAACUGAACAGUCCUCGGGGAAGCAGCCCAGCUAGUGUGCCCAAACCUUCCCCGUCGUACGCCUCAUCAAGUCCUGCCACUGUCUCCCCAGUGCGUAACACCCAACCUGACCAGCAGUUCUCCAGUACUGUGGUCAUAGCUAACCCCGCCCCCAAUAACUACUACGUCAAAGGCGUUGAACAUUCGGUACCUUUCCAAAGCCCAUUCUACAACAGUGCUAAUAACAAGAAUGACUCAGCCAAAAGUUCUCAGAGACUGACACGCGAGGAUUUACUGGCAAUGAGUCGCUCAGCCCGACCUCUCGAAGAAAAACCUCCAUCUCUACAGCAACCUGACUCCCCGGAUGCUUCCUCAGAUGCACCCAAAACUCCCUUGUCCCCGACUAGCCCGAUCAUCCGUGAACCCCCUAGUCGGCAGGAAAAGCACUCUCUGAAUGCUGUUCCCAAACCCAAGAUCCAUGAUUCCACUGUGUGGAUAGGAAAUGCCAAGGAACCCCUGCAGAUGACGACGACGUCAGCAAGGGCAGAUGUGACGGCACCAAAACCAGCCAGACGCUCGGAUAUCAUGAGAAAGCAGUACAGUAGUCCGCAAGACCACUGGUUGGUCCAAGAAGCUGAGAGGCGGAGACUAGAGGAGCAGAACAAAGGGCAAAGGUCAGGUGGGAGACAAGGGCAGUAUAAGACUGGUCCGAUUAAACCUCAUGACAGCCUCGUCACAAACAGAUGGAGGGAAAAGAGUCCACAGUUCAAACCCUCCAGGUCACAGCCAAAUUUACGCGCCUCCACAUCCUUCGAGCAGAUGAGACAGAAGUUCACCGAGACGCCGAGCGAGUCCAACUUCAGGCCCAGUAAUCCAGCCCUUCAGCCCAGGGCAGCCCCACGGAAUUUCUCCAACGGGCCACACCACACUAGAGGUGACAGUGCUCCCGUAUCCCGCCAAUCUCACAACAGUGCUAAUUCAAACUAUCUGGGCGGGAACUCUGCUAGGAGUGGGGAACUUUCUCGUGCCUCCCCCAAACCCGCCCCUCGGUCCCGAACGAGUCCUGCGAUGUCAGCAAACAGUCCCGAGCCUACGAUGGCCAUCAGUGGUCGACAGAGGUGCUCUCACUGUCAGGAGGAACUAGGGUACGGUGCUGCCAUGGUCAUCGAAUCUCUCAACCUGCACUACCACAUGCAAUGUUUCCGAUGUUGUGUUUGUCAUGCCCAAUUAGGGAACGGAGCAGAGGGCGCAGACGUCCGGGUACGAGGCUGGAAGCUGCACUGUCGCAACUGUUACAGCAAUGAUGAAGCAGCAGCCAGUAAAAAGGCUGUGCCCUGAAAUGCUCCAAAAGUGGCACGAGGACUGGACUGAAAUUCAGCAAAGUUUAGCCGGCCUGAUUAAUUUCGACUUUUUUCGCAUUGUGUACCCACCAGAUGGCAGCAUUGAGGGACAGAGUCUGCGAUUUUACAAGGGAAAAAUUCCUGAAUUGUCCAGCUGUAUUUUGAUUCUCCAGGACUUGAUGUGUGGCGAGUUUAAUCUGUUGAUCUGUGAAUUUGCCGGCAACCCAUCCUCCAUCUCACAAGAUGUGAUAUCAGACGAACAUAAGAGUGAAAUAGGAACUUUGUUAAAGUGAAAAUUACUUGAUAAUUGUCCCAGUGGAUGCAAACCUUUUCUGGAGACAUUUUCCCUAGACAAGCCACAGUUACAUGUCAUCUUUGCAUUUUGAUGCCAAAAAUUUUUUACACAAUUCGACUAUAUUUUUUCUAAUGUGUACAGUGUCCAUCUCAUGAUAUACCGUAAUAUAUUUUAAGUAUAUUAUCUGAAUAUAGUCCCUGUACCUGUACAUAUGUUUCCAGAUUGCCCUAUACAUGUAGGUAUAGUCUGUAACCAGGAGAUGUUACCCACUCUCGAGUGCAUCCUUAUGUCUAAACACAUCAGUAAAGCUGAACACUGCUGAUUGAGUGUUCUCCUCCUUUCACUAGUGUUGUGAAUUGUGUACAUUGUGCUGAAUGCCUAGUUGAACCGUGAUUUCUAAAGCCAUAUGAGGGAGGACAUGAACUCAGUGUGGAUUUGUUAAAAGUGUUCUGUGCAAGAUACUAAGCGGAGAUAUGAAGUGGACUUUGCAGAUGUGUUAGAAAACAUAAUGUGCUGUCAAGAGGUACAUGUACUAAGCGGACAUAUGAAGUGGACUUUGCAGGGGUGUUAAAAACGUACUGUGCUGUCAAGAGAUACACUUACUAAGUGGAAUUUGCAGAUGUUCAGUGUUAAUAAUGUUGAGAUGCAAAGUGGAGAUAUAUUUACACAUGUACAAAUUAAAAUGCACUGUACAGCAAAUUGGAGAUAGAUAGUGGACAGACUGGUACAUUGACUGAACACAGAGACAUGUGGUUGUCCAUCAAUUCAACUUCCUGUAC